AGAUCUCGGCGUCGGCGGCGAGGAGGGAGAUCCAAGCGGGGCGGAGCCAUGGAGGACUUAGAAGAAAACACCACUGUCUUCUCCACUCUGAGAUCCCUCAACAACUUUAUUUCGCAGCGCAUGGAGGGGAUGUCUGGGCUUGCUACACCAGGAUCGACUCAAAGUGGCUUACAGAGUCAGUAUCAGCAGAGGAUGCAGUUGGAAGAACAAGCUGGGCAGAUCCACUCCAAAUCCCAGCUCCUGCAGGUGGAACGAGAGAAGAUGCAGAUGGAGCUUAGCCACAAACGAGCUCGCAUUGAGCUAGAGAAAGCAGCUAAUACCAAUGCCAGAAACUAUGAGCGAGAGGCUGACCGUAACCAGGAGCUGCUCACACGCAUAAAGCAAUAUCAGGAAAGGGAAACAGAAGCUGAAAAUAAACUGAAAGAGCAAAUGGAGAUGAACAAAUCCUACAAGAAGAGUAUGGAGACAAUGAGUAAGAAGCUGCAAGAGAAGGAGAGCAAAUUAGCUGAAGCUAAUGAAACAAUCACUGUAUUAAAAGGGAAAAUAUCAGAGCUGCAAUGGAAUAUAAUGAAUCAAGAGAUGCAGAUGACAAGUCAAGACUCUCAGAAGAAGGAGCUGAUGGAACAGCUGGAUGUUCAACAGAAAAAAUGGCAAGAGGCUAGUCAGCAAAUCCAGACAUUGCAAGCAAGCCAGUCUCUACUGGCAGAAUAUGAGCAGAAGAUUAAGGACCUGGAACAGAAGUUCUCCCAGCAGGAACAUGAUGCUCUAAUUGUCAAGAACAUGAAAGCAGAACUGGCCCGUUUCCCAAAAAUGGAACGGGAAUUGCGCCAAGUCAAGGAGGAAAAUGCCUACUUCAGGGAAAUGAAAGAAAACAAUGGAUUGCUUAAAGAGGAGGUAGAAGGUCUCCAAAGAAAACUGGAACGCUAUGAGAAAGUCCAAGCACAGCUAGUGACCGUUGAAUUGGAAAAUGAGAAACUUCUGGGAAAAUUAAAAAACUGGGAGAAACUGGAACAGAGCACUGGCUUGAAUAUCAGGACACCUGAUGAUCUCUCCAGGCAAAUUGUGGCCCUGCAGCAAAGGGAGCUUGUGCUGAAAGAGCAGAACUCCACCAUCACAAACAGUGCCCGAAUACUGGAGAAGGCCCGGCAGCAGCUGCAAGAAGAAAUACUACGGAUUCAGAGUCAGUUGUUGGAUGAGAAGAAGAAGCGUGAGCAGCAUGAAGCGCUGGUCAGACGGCUGCAGAAACGUGUGCUGCUACUCACUAAGGAGCGUGAUGGGAUGCGAGCAAUUCUGGAGUCGUAUGACAGCGAGCUGACCCCUUCGGAGCACUCACCCCAGCUGAACCGGCGCAUGCGUGAGGCUGAGGACAUGGUGCAGAAGCUGCAUGCUCAUAACACCGAGCUAGAGGCUCAGCUGUCUCAAGUUCUGGAAGAAGUGGGAAAUCAUAAGCAAAGAGCAGAGAUGCUGGAGGUGGAGAUGAAGGUCCUGAAGUCUCAAGAGUGCACAGCUGAGCCAAGUACCAUCAUCACCAAGGAAGAGGUUGCCACACUCAGAAUGAAGAUUGAGGAGCUGGAAGCUGAACGCAGCAAGCUGGAAGAGGAGAACAGAUCCUUGGAAAUGAAACUGGAGAAGCUAACACUGCAGGGUGACUAUGACCCCAGCAGAACCAAAGUUCUUCAUUUCAGCAUGAACCCAGCGAGCUUGGCCAAGCAGCAGCGCAAGGAAGAGCAGCAGCAGCUCCAGGAAGAGUGUGAAAGGCUGAGGGAGCUGGUGAGGGUGCUCGAAGGAGGUGGCUCCGUCCCUGCGAAUUUGGAAGGAGUUGGGAGUUUUCAGUCACCACAAGAAAUUGCAGAGCUGAAGAAGCAAGUGGAAAGUGCAGAACUCAAAAACCAGCGUCUGAAAGAAGUUUUCCAGACCAAGAUUCAGGAGUUUCGCAAGGUGUGCUACACACUAACAGGAUACCAGAUCGACAUCACGACUGAGAACCAGUAUCGACUCACCUCCAUUUAUGCUGAGCACCAAGGGGAUUGCCUGGUUUUUAAGGCCUCCAGCUCCUCCGGUGGCAAAAUGCAGCUUCUGGAAACUGAGUUCUCGCGAACCAUCCGUGAGCUUAUUGAACUCCAUCUGCUUCGCCAAGACAGCAUCCCGGCUUUCCUCAGUGCCCUCACCCUCGACCUCUUCAGCCGCCAGACCGUCGCUUAGUGUCCCACCACCAGCUACCAGCCAGGCAUGAAGCACUCCUGGGCAGGACACUUGAGGUAGAAAGGACAAAUUCUCUCCUCUCACCCUUUAUUUGUAGUGUCGAGUUGCUUCAGUUUUGCAGGGAAUUCCUCCUUUCCCCUUUUUUCAUACUGAUUCCCAAAUUAUUCCCAACUAAUUCUUCUGAAAAGCAUAAUUUCUCUUGUGAGAGGGUAAGUCUAGCUCCAUCCCAGGGCUCUCCUGUUUUAAGACCCAGUCCCUACCUUUGAACUGGGAAAUGCGUUCAUCACUGCCCAGACUGCCUUAGCAUCUCUCUGGGAAUACGGUGGGCAGUGCUGCUUUGAGGAGCCACAGCAUCACCAUUUGCUAUUUUUCCCAAAAGCAUUCCUCAAGUAUAGACCCCAGCGGAGAGACGGGCCUUGCCGGAGGCUGAUGCUUCCUGCCCCCAUGGUUGUCCCCAAGCCAAGGGCUUGGUCCCUGAGGAGAGGGACCUGGGGGGAAGAUCAGUCACGAGUAGUAGGUUCUUUAUGGAUACUUCUGCUCCUGCAAACAGCUCAUCAUUCAACAGGGUUGAAAUUGUUUUCAAGAUAUCCAGUUACCCGAGUUUGCUGUCACUCAGCAGACAAACACAAGCAUAAAUGGCCAUUUGAAGACCCGGUGCCUUUGUUGGGACCUCUCCACAGUGUGCUGUGCUCAAAUGUCACUGGUGUGCUUUUUGUUCCUCACUAAGACUUCUAGGCUCUUGGAUACCUCAGGACUGCGGAAGGGGUGAGAGUGCUCUUUGGGGUGUGCUCGCUGCUGCUGGCUUUAGUCUGCCUCCAGGCUGUAGGGACCUGCUCUUUGCUAGGAGUCUCCCUCCUUCUCUCCCCCGUGGAGGAUGGAGCACCCCCUGAAGUCUGAUGUGUUAUGUUAAAAUGGAUACACCUCUUCUAUCUUAAGAAUAAAGUGUCACUUCUCA